AUGAGAAAAAAUGAUAUUGCCACAAAUGUCCUAUGGGUGUGUUCACAAGAUAUGCAGUUUAUCUAUAUUUUACCGGGAUGGGAGGGAUCAACUGCAGAUGGUAGAGUGCUUCGAGAUGCCCUACUUAGGCCACAUGGGUUGAAGGUCCCAAGGUCGGGUGUCAUAGAAAAAAUUAGAAACUAUCACAAAUGGACAAUUAUUGAAGAUGCCAAGCUCGUGGAAGCAUUGGUAAAUAUGGUGAACAUGGGAGGAUUUAAAGCGGAUAAUGGUUUUAAAUCUGGAUAUUUACUGCAUCUAGAAAACGCAUUGAAGGAAAAAAUUUCUAACUCUGACAUAUUGGGUAAACCCCACAUUAAGUCAAGGAUCAAAACCAUGAAAAAAGAUUGGUACGUUGUUUAUGAUAUGGUGAAUGGUACAAACACAAGUGGUUUUGGUUAUGAUAGCUCAACUCAUUCUAUAACAGCUAAACCAUCAGUUUGGAAUUCUUACAUGCAGGUUCAUAAAAAGGAAGGAAAAUGGAGAAAUAAGAUAUUUCCUCGUUACAAGGAUUUAUGUAUCAUUUUUUGUAAGGAUAGAGCACAAGGGAAUAAUGCCAAUGAUUUUCCCCAAAUGGAAGAAUAUGCAAACAAUGAAGAGCAAUCUGAACAAAUAGAAGAUGUUAACGUCCUUGGAGAAAAACUUGAAAAAGCAGGAAAUAACAUGAAUCAAGCAAUACUAGGAGAAACAGAAGUACAAAAAACAGAUUCGAUGGUGAUUCCUGAAAUUUCAAAAAUGCAGUCUUUGAGUGCCUUUGAUAGGUUCAAAGCAAGUAGGAAAAUAAUGUGUGAUCCAGAAACCGUGUUAAGUUUUUGGAAUUUGGAAGGAGAAGAUCGGGAGGAUUUUGUGAGGUUCAUGUUGGAAGAGUGA